GGUGUGCUCCUGGGCUGAGGAACAUGGACUGCGCCCGCCUCUGGCUAGGGCUGUUGCUGCCUGUGGUAGCUGCGCUGGACUUCAGCUACCACCACCAGCCAGAGAUGGAAGCGUUCCUGAAGAGUAUCACCCAAAACUACAGUUCUAUCACUCACUUACACAGUAUCGGGAAAUCUGUGGAAGGCAGAAACCUGUGGGUUCUUAUUGUGGGACGCUUUCCAAACGAACACAGAAUCGGGAUUCCAGAAUUCAAAUACGUGGCAAAUAUGCAUGGAGAUGAGGCUGUAGGGCGGGAACUGCUGCUCCAUUUGAUUGAAUAUCUCGUAACCAGCGAUGGAAGAGACCCUGAAAUCACAAAUCUAAUUAAUAGUACCCGGAUACACAUCAUGCCUUCAAUGAACCCAGAUGGAUUCGAAGCUGUUCUAAAGCCUGACUGUUUUUACAAUAAGGGAAGGGAAAAUAGUAACUUCUAUGACCUGAAUAGAAAUUUCCCCGAUGCUUUUGAAUUUAAUAAUGUACCAAGGCAGCCUGAAACUGUGGCAGUCAUGAAGUGGCUGAAUACAGAGACAUUUGUCCUUUCUGCAAACCUCCACGGUGGUGCCCUGGUGGCCAGUUACCCAUUUGAUAAUGGUGUUCCAGCCACUGGAACAUUAUACUCUCGGAGCUUAACCCCUGAUGAUGAUGUUUUUCAAUAUCUUGCACAUACCUACGCUUCAAGAAAUCCCGACAUGAGGAAAAGAAAUCCAUGUAGAACUAAAAUAGAGUUUCCUGGUGGAAUUGUAAAUGGAUACUUUUGGUAUCCACUCAAAGGUGGAAUGCAAGAUUACAACUACAUCUGGGCCCAGUGUUUUGAAAUUACGUUGGAGCUGUCAUGCUGUAAAUAUCCUCGCAAGGAGAAGCUUCCAAGCUUCUGGAACGAAAACAAAGACUCACUGAUUGACUAUAUAAAACAGGUGCACAUAGGUGUAAAGGGUCAAAUUUUUGAUCAGAAUGGGACUCCAUUACCCAAUGUAACUGUAGAAGUCCAAGACAGAAAACAUGUCUGCCCCUAUAGAACCAACAAAUUUGGAGAGUAUUACCUCCUUCUCUUGCCUGGGUCCUAUGUAAUAGAGGUUACAGUCCCUGGACACAAUCCACAUCUCACAAAGGUGACUAUUCCCCCAAAAUCCCAGAACUUCAGUGCUCUUAAAAAGGAUAUUUUACUUCCAUUCAGAGGGCAAUUGGAUCAUAUCCCAGAAUCAGAUCCUUUAUGUCCUAUAAUUCCUCUCUACAGAGAUUUGCAAGGCCACUCAGCUGCAACAAAGCCCAGUCUGUUCUUAUUUUUAGUGACUCUUUUUCACAUAUUGUUCAAAUAAAGCAAAAUGUGAAACUCAACCCCAUCACCACCUGGAAUCAGGGCUUACUCGUGCCAGGUUACUGCAACUCUAACUCCCUCUGUGGAACCUUGACUGGAUAAACUCCACAGUCCUUCCCUAAGAAGAGAAAUGUUUGUUUCCAAAUCCUGCAACAAGCAACGUAUGGUGAUAAUGAAAGGAAUGAUUUAGUCUUAAUGAUGGAAGACACCUACCCAUCAAGUACUGCUCACUUACACUUAAUCUUGAAGUAGUCUUAGAAAUUUGUAAGAAGUUAAACUUGAGAAGCAUGAAAGAAGUUCCUGCAAGAAAAAAAAGGAGGUAAUUUUGUAUACAGAGAGCCAUUUGAAUAUAAGCAAUGGAGAUGAACAUUUAUUGAUCACCUACUAUAUACAAGACCUUGCCAUGUGUACUAUAUGUGAAGAGAUAGUGCCAUAUAUAAUUUUCAGUGCAGGGAAAAAUGAUGAUAAGACUGGGAAUAUUAAGUUUUGCCAACUUUCUAAGGAAAUAUGAGAGAAAACAAGCAACCACGUCUCAGUGGCCCAAGAAAAUAUGGACCUGAUGGGAUGACAAAUUUGUCUACAGAGCCCUGAAAUAAUAGGUCAAUUAAGGUAAGGGUCCCUGCCUUUCUGCAACCAGAUGCCACAGUCUUCUGUUAUGCUGAUGACCCCCAAAUGCCAGAGCUUCAGACUCAGGUCUGACUGCCCCCUGGACACAUCUACCUGGAUGUGACCCAUAGAUACCUCAAACUCAUCAUGUUGAAAAAUUGAACUUACUUCUCUCCCCAGAGCUGCUCUUCCUCCUGCAUUCUCUGUCUGUUACUGAUAGCACCAAACUAGGAACCUGGGAGUCACCCUUGAUACCUCCUCCUCCAUCCCAUCUAUUCAGUCAGUCACUAAAGAUUGAUGUUAUUUGUAUGUGUUGAUUGAUUCUACCCUCUCUUCAUGGCUACUAACACCACCAGGUUUAGGCCAUCAUAGCUCACCUGUACCACAGCAACAGCUCUACUGGUCUCUUGCUUCCAGCUUUCUCCUCUUCAAAUCCAACCUCCACACAGCACUGGGGUAAGGGGUCUAUUUAAAACAAAAAUCAGCAAUCAACUGCUUGUAGUUCCUACACACAUAACACGCUGUGUGUCCCCUGUGUCUGCAAUGCCAUUCUGACCCACUACAUCUUCUUUCCCACUCCUCCUUUAAAACCUAGUUCAUGUUUAAUGGGUACAGAGUUUCUGUUUGUCAUGAUGAGAAAGUUCUGGAAAUAGUGAUGAUGGUUGUACAACAUUGUGAAGUAUUUAAUGCCACUAAAUUGUAUACUCAAAACUGGUUAAAAUUGUAAAUUUUAUGUUAUGUAUAUUAUACCACAACAAAACGAGGAUAGUGACUAUUAAAUAUUAAAAUAAUGCUUCAUUAGGUGCUUCGUAAUAAUGUACUCUACAAAGUGAAAGCUCCAAGGCAUACAUGCUGUGUAAAUUACAUAUCUUUCUUAGGUGAAACUCCAACAGAAACAAAGACUAGUCUGUUAAAGAGUAAACAAGUAAAAUAUAAUGAUCAAUGAUGAUUCCCUUAAAAAAAAAAAAGUUCAGAUAUCAACUCCUCUGGGAAACCUUUGCUGACCAUUGUCCCAUUCCACUCAGUUUCACCCCCUCCCAGUCAAUCUGGGGGCCCUGCCUCUUUGCUCCUCAAAUUAAACAGGUUACCUCUGUUGUGGGAUUUAUAACACUGCGUUAUACUCUUCUAUUUCCAUGAGUGAUUUUCUCUGGCAGAGUGUGAGGUCUCUGAAACCAGGGUCUAUUUAAUUUGUUUGAAAAACGUAUUCUAAAUCCUAUCACAUGGUGAGACCUGAAUGAAUGAACCAAGUGCUCCAGCAAACUGCUGCUCUUAAAACAUUAUAUGCAAGAAUUAGGGGAGUGGGGAUAUCAAACAGCAGACCAGCAACUCUGGGGGGCAGGUUUCUGAGUGCUGUGUAUUGCUCAUGAAAGUGAGUUGCUUUGGUUCUUAUUUUAAAUUGAAAGUCCUAUAGGGUCUGGAAA